AUGAGCUACUACGGCGGCUACUACGGAGGUCUGGGCUAUGGCUAUGGUGGCUUCGGAGGCUUGGGCUGCAGCUAUGGCUGUGGGUGUAGCAGCAUCCGCAGACUGGGCUACGGCUGUGGGUAUGGAGGCUUUGGAUAUGGCUCUGGCUUCGGAGGCUACGGAUAUGGGUCUGGCUGUGGCGGCUACGGAUAUGGCUGCUGCCGCCCCUCAUGCUAUGGAAGAUACGGGUUCUCCAGCUUCUAUUGA